AUGUCAAAACCGACGAAGAGUGCUUGUAAAGUCCAGAUGAGGCCACUCGGGCUGAACCAUGGCUCAAUCAAGGCUGCUGCUGAGAUUAUCAGCCUCUCUUUCGCCUCAGAUCCUUUGAUCCGUUGGCUCUCUCGUGAUCGCUCUGGUCCUGGCUGGGAGACUCUGAUACCUACCCUACAGCAAUGGCAAGAGGCACGCCUUCGCGAGUAUGCGAGGAUCGGAAUCAUGAUGGAGUCUCAUAACGAUUUCGAAGAGAGAAUUAAGAAGAAGUAUCCACCAAAUUCUCUGUACUACCUCGAGAUCGCAGCGGUCAGACCCGAUACGCAAGGACUGGGAGUUGGGAGAAUGAUCAUGCAAUGUGUCCAGGCGGGCAUGACCUGCGAGGGCUACAAAACACGAUUGACAUGGGGCUCUUCAGACACUGCAAGCUCAGCAGGGGGUGGCAUAGUCUUGAAACCAGUUCGUCCACCACGCCAGAAGAGUAAAUCUCUGCGUGAUAGUAGAAUAAGGCCUGUUGCUGAGAGCGUGGAUGACGAGGUGGUAAACUUGCCGGACUUUUCCUCAAUACCGUCGCCGGAUGACCUGGACCUGCUAUGCCUGCAAUUCGAAGCAUUCUCCGAGGGCUUACCAGACGAGGAAGUCUCACAAAAGCUCAUGGAUAGCUUCACUACUAUCGGAUGGCAGACGAUCACAGGCCGUGCUGGACAUGAUACCAUGUUCAAGUCCGACAUUUUACCACUUUGUCAAGAUAGUAUCUGUCUUAAACACGCUUGCUUAGCAUACCAAGCAAGUCUCGAUAUUGAUACCAGUCACUUGACACCUCUAUACAUGCAAUCGGCUCUUUCAAACUAUCUCAACGACUUGGAAAAUCCAAGCAUGUUGUGCCAAGAUGUCACUUUGGCAACGGGGGUUCUAUUAUGCAGCGUUAGCAUAAAUUCACUAUAUAUCUGGUCGCCGCUGCUGAAAGGCCUCCACGGAGUCCUCCAAGCACGCGAUCUGUUAAACGAUCCGCAGAGACCCCCUGUGGCAAACCACCUCCUCGAAGCUGUCGGGCUAUUGGAUAUACCGUUCUUUACUCUCAAUAGGAUUACACCAUCACUGGAAAUAUGGAAAUCCUAUGUCCAACCACACAAACACUCUGGUAUUGAGCAGAUUUCUGGGAUACCUUAUAGUCUAAUGAAUCUGCUAGCGAACAUGGACUCCACCACCAUCGAACAGGAUCUGCUGCAGUGGCCUGGAGAACUCGGCGAUGAGUUCGUACAGAUCCAUCUCUGGGAAGCGUUCCGCCUCGCCGGUAUUCUUCACAGCCGUUGUCUGGCAGAUCAUGACCAGGACCAAACAACAUCCUCAAGAGUCAAUAUCAGCACCGAGAUACUACGGAUGAAGGUAUUUGCAUCAAUCCAAGCAAUUAUCGGAAUCGGCACUUUCAACUUUCGACUCUCACUCGCUAGGGCCAUAUUAUACCCUCUUUUCAUAGCUGGCAUUCUGGCAGAAAAUGCCCAAGAACAGCAGCUGACUCGAGUGGCAUUCCAGUACAUAAUGCAAAAAGGGCAGGAAGGUAUUGAGCAGAUAAUCAUGGAUAUUGUGGCAAAGGUUUGGAAGAAUGGAAAAGGCGGCAGCGAAGCAUCCAAGUUGAUGAUAGCUACUGAGGCUACGGCGGAGCUGAAUGCUGAGAUUCAUCUCUACUAA